AUGGUCGCAGCCCGCGUGCUCGGCUCCCGGGACCUACUCCCGCUCGUCAGCGCCUACCAGCGCGGCACGCCCCAAGAGGUACUCGAGCUGCGCGAGCUCCUCGACGGGAUCGACCUCGCGGGCCUCCACGCGCUCUUGCUGGCGGCCGACGAGACGUAUCCCGCCAAAUGCUUUGCGGCCUUUGCGGCCUUUCACAAGCGCGUGUCGCCAGCUUCGCUCCUGCGCGUCGCCUUCACGAGGAGCCGCGCCGCCGCAGUCUACUAUGCCCUUGUCCACGGCAACCUCUCGGUCGUGCGGGGCAUGCGCACGUCGUCCCGCGCCGCCAUCUCCAACUCGCAGUGGAUUAUCGCGGCAACCUUUGGCCACUUCCAUGUGAUCGAGUAUCUGCACCGGCAUGACUGGGCCAACUACGAUCCGCGCGCGAUGAAGGCCGCGGCCAUGCGGGGCAACCUCGCGAUGGUAGUGUACCUCGAAGACCUCGGGUACUGGAGCCCACACGUGCUGCGCUGGGCGUGCACGGCGGGCCAACUGCACGUCGCAGAGUUUGCCAACGACCGCGAGACCACGAGAUCGCUCGGCGCCGGCACGAUCAACGACGUGGUGCGGUCCGGGAACUUUCCGGUCCUGCGCUUCUUGCACGAAAACGACUACGACGGCUUCUCGGACGAGGCUGUCGACAUUGCCGCCGCCCGAGGAGACGUGGCCACGGUACGCUUCUUGAACGACAAGCGCCGGCUCCGCGGCACGCGCAAUGCUAUGCUGGGCGCCGUCGACCACAACCACGUCGAGAUCGUUAGAUAUCUGGACAAGCACUGCAGGGCCAACGAUAUUGCGGGCAGCCUCCGUCGCGCCGCUGCCUGCGGCCACUUGGAGCUCGUGACGUACUUUUGCUCGCAUUACGAAGGCGAGACCCUCUUGGUUGGCGCGCUCGAAGCGGCUCGACGAAGCCUUCGUGUCGUCGCCUCUCGCACGCAGAGGGAGCGGCUCGAAGCCGUGAUCGCGCACCUCCAGCGCCUGCGCCCGACGCCGCCCGCCGACGACGCAGCGUGCACGAUCCAAUAA